AAUAAUACUACAACUACAUCUCUCUCAAACAUUAGCUUCUUAAUUAUUUGCAACCGAAGUUUGCAGUCUGCAAAACACGGGGAAACACUAAACCAACAAGGCAGAAACAUGGCUGCAUCUCUUCAAGCUGCCGCUACCUUGAUGCCGACUAAGCUCGGUGUCUCUUCUCGUAGUCUUAGAUCCUCUCAGUGCGUUAGCAAGUCAUUCGGGAUCGAACAAUCCUCAGCUAGAUUAACUUGCUCUCUCCAAACUGAUCUUAAAGAUCUAGCUUUGAAGUGUGUCGAAACCACCAAGAUUGCUGGUUUUGCCCUUGCCACUUCUGCUCUUGUCGUGUCGGGAGCUAGCGCUGAGGGUGUCCCCAAAAGGCUAACUUUCGAUGAAAUCCAGAGCAAGACCUACAUGGAAGUCAAAGGAUCAGGAACAGCAAAUCAAUGCCCAACCAUUGAAGGUGGUGCUGGUUCAUUCAGCUUCAAAGCAGGCAAAUACACCAUGAAGAAGUUGUGCUUGGAACCAACUUCAUUCACUGUCAAAGCCGAAGGUGUUAGCAAGAACUCAGCACCUGAUUUCCAAAAGACUAAACUCAUGACCCGUCUAACCUACACCCUAGACGAAAUCGAGGGUCCUUUCGAGGUCUCAUCAGACGGAACUGUUAAGUUUGAGGAGAAAGACGGUAUUGAUUACGCUGCUGUAACUGUCCAGCUCCCAGGAGGUGAACGUGUACCUUUCCUAUUCACUGUUAAACAACUUGUAGCUUCUGGUAAGCCAGAAAGUUUUGGAGGACCUUUCUUGGUUCCAUCUUACAGAGGUUCUUCAUUCUUGGACCCAAAGGGUAGAGGUGGAUCCACUGGUUACGACAACGCUGUUGCUUUGCCAGCCGGUGGAAGAGGAGAUGAGGAAGAACUCCAGAAGGAGAAUGUUAAGAACACAGCUGCUUUGUCUGGAAACAUUACUUUGAGUGUUACUGAUAGUAAACCAGACAGUGGUGAGUUGAUUGGAGUGUUUGAGAGUAUCCAGCCUUCUGAUACUGAUUUAGGUGCUAAAGUUCCCAAGGAUGUGAAAAUCCAAGGAGUUUGGUAUGCUCAAUUGGAACAAUAAACUUGAUUAAUAUCUAAGUUUUUUUUCUUCGGUAUGAUAUUGCGCAUUGCAGUUUUCGAUUACAAUGUGGGUUUGGGUUAGAUUGAAUAUUAUUAAUUAUCGCUCAUUUACGUACAUGAAUCAUGUUGCUUGAAUCGACAAUAUCAAGGCAGUGGCGAAUGUCGAUCAGGGUUAAUGACUCUUGUGUGAUGAGAAUCAUUAGAGAUUAUAUUGUUUAUGGUGUUGCCUGUUGGAUGUAAAUUCUCCAGAUUUGAUGUAAUUUAUUGGGAUAAGAACCUGUCGUUAGUAGUAUAUACUAAGUUCUUUCGGACCA